GCCCGUCGCCCCGGUGACCGGUGGCGAGUUGGUGACUCGGUGAGGAGCUGGAGUCCUGGGGGACGGCGGACUUCUGCAGAUGAAGGAACUGGGAUGCCAGGAAAGCACCUAAGUGAAACAUGAAUAAGAAUUGCACUAAUUAAGGGCUCCUCCUGUUCCAGAGAUUAACCAAAAUGUAUAGACCAGGGGAAACAGUGAAACGCCGACUCAAUAUGCAUGCUCCUCCUCGGAUAAGAAGUGUGGAAGUUGCAAGAGGAAGAGCUGGCUAUGGGUUCACCCUUUCUGGACAAGCUCCCUGUGUUCUUAGCUGCGUUAUGAAAGGAAGUCCUGCAGAUUAUGUGGGACUUAAAGCAGGAGAUCAAAUAUUUGCAAUUAAUGAAAUUAAUGUAAAACAAGCUUCUCAUGAAGAUGUGGUGAAACUAAUAGGAAAAUGUUCUGGAGUCUUGCACAUGGUCAUUGCUGAAGGCAACAGUCAUAUUGACUCAUGUUCUAGUGAUGAAGAAGUUGGUUUUUAUGAUGGGAAAGGAUGGCUGAAGCCAAAGCCUGACUCUAAAGCCUUGGGUAUAAAUAGAGCGGAGAAGGUUGUUGAAGAAAUGCAAUCUGGUGGAAUUUUCAACAUGAUCUUUGAAAAUCCUAGUUUUUAUGCUGGUAAUGCAGAGAAUUCAGUACCAAAACAAAGAUCCCUUUCUGAGACUGCUGCUACUAAAUUUGAAACUGGACAUGAAAGUAUAAAUAACAAUCCUAAUCUACUUUCAAAGGAAGAAAUAUCCAAAGUGUUGCAUGAUGAUUCAGUUUUUCAAAUUGGACUGGAAAAUCCAGAAGACUUUGGGUUAGAUGCAAGUAUUUUAAAUGUUGCUAUGGUGGUAGGUUACCUAGGCUCGAUUGAACUUCCUUCAACAAGCUCAAAUCUGGAAAAUGACAGUUUGCAGGCUAUUCGGGGAUGUAUGAGACGCCUUCGGGCAGAACAGAAAAUCCAUUCAUUGGUGAUGAUGAAGAUUAUGCAUGACUGUAUUCAGCUCUGCAGUGACAAGUCUGGUGUAGUGGCAGAAUAUCCUGCAGAGAAACUGGCAUUUAGUGCUGUGUGCCCUGAUGAUAGAAGAUUUUUUGGGCUAGUUACCAUGCAGACAAAUGAUGAUGCAAGCUUGGCUCAGGAAGAUGAAGGGGUUCUGAGGACAUCUUGUCACGUGUUCAUGGUGGAUCCAGAAUUAUUUCAUCAUAAAAUUCACCAAGGUAUAGCAAGACGUUUUGGACUGGAGUGUACGGCAGAUCCAGACACAAAUGGCUGUUUAGAAUUUCCAACGUCAUCUCUACCUGUUCUUCAAUUUAUCUCUGUCCUCUAUAGGGAUAUGGGUGAGCUGAUUGAGGGAAUGCGAGCAAGAGCUUUUCUUGAUGGCGAUGCAGAUGCUCAUCAGAAUAACAGUACAAGCAGCAACAGUGAUAGUGGUAUUGGAAAUUUUAACCAAGAAGAAAAAAGCAAUAGAGUUUUGGUGGUUGAUUUAGGAGGCAAUCCAAGUAAACAUAUUCCUAAUAGUAUAUGGGAAAAUCCAGUUGGAAGGGGACAGAAUCAACAUGCUUCCCAUUGGAAUGGCUUCUGUCAAGAACAAGAAGGAAACACUCAUUUAGAAAUAAUUCAGAAUGACAAAUCACAAAAUUUAAGUAAGCACUUAAGUCCUUCAGCUCGUAUUGAAGUUCCACUAGUUUCUUCUCGAAAUUCAGUGCCGCCAUCCAAGAAAAGUAUUGUAGGCAUAGGCAAUCAGAGAUGGUUGCCUGUUCAUGUCUUACAAGAAUGGCAACAUGGAAAUGCCAGUGACCAGGAGUCUUAUACAGAUUCUACAGAUGGCUGGUCAAGUAUUAACUGUGGUACUCUUCCCCCUCCAAUGAAUAAGAUUCCAGCUGACAGAUAUAGAGUUGAUGGCAGCUUUGGUCAGCCCCAAUUAACAUCCCAUACAAAUGAAUGGUCUAAGAAUGUUUUUUGCACACACAAGAAGUUUGGCCCUCAACACAAUAUUAGAAAGUCUAAAGAAGCUAAAAAGGGUGCCACAUUUGGACAUUCAGUUGGAUUAGCCCUGGCUCCCCAACGUUCGUCUGUUCGGAGAUCAUUUGGAAGAUCUAAGCGAUUUAGCAUUACUCGUUCACUGGAUGAUCUUGAGUCUGCAACUGUGUCUGAUGGAGAGCUAAACAGUAGUGAUUUAAAAGACUGUAUCAGUGAUAAUAGCCUCAGUAGCAAUGCUAGUCUUCCCAGUGUACAGAGCUGUCGACGACUCCGAGAAAGAAGAGUUGCAAGCUGGGCCGUUUCAUUUGAACGCCUUCUUCAGGAUCCUUUUGGCGUUAAAUUUUUCUCUGAAUUUCUACGGAAAGAAUUUAGUGAAGAAAAUAUUUUAUUCUGGCAGGCCUGUGAAUAUUUUAACCAUGUACCUGCACAUGACAAAAAAGAGCUUUCUUACAGAGCUCGGGAGAUCUUCAGCAAGUUUUUGUGUAGCAAAGCUACAACCCCAGUUAAUAUUGAUAGCCAGGCACAGUUGGCAGAUGAUAUUCUCAGUGCUCCACAUCCAGAUAUGUUCAAAGAACAGCAGCUUCAGAUUUUUAAUCUGAUGAAGUUUGAUAGCUAUACUCGCUUUCUGAAAUCCCCGCUUUACCAAGAAUGCAUUCUGGCUGAAGUAGAAGGUCGCCCUCUUCCUGAUCCACAGCGUGUUCCCGGCAGCCCCACAUCUAAACAUAGUAUCAACUCAGAGCGGUCCCAUAUCUCAACACCAAAAAAGUUAAUUGGAAAAUCAAAGUCAGGAAGGUCUUUAAAUGAAGAAUCUGGAGAGGAAGAUGCUGAGAAGAAAAAAAAAGGGACAUUUUUCUCCUGGUCAAGAAGUAAGAGUGUGGGGAGAUCGCAGAAAAAAAAGGAAAAUGAUGACUACCAAAAUGAUUCUAUGCAGACCAAUGGACUAUUUUGCAGACGUGAAUCACAAGGCUCCAUGUCAUCAGCUGCAAGUCUUGAACUGUCUGAUGCCUCUCGGUUAUCUGCAUCUGUACCUGAUAAAGAGAAAUCCUCAAAAUACUGCUGUAUAAACCUUCCAGAUGGCUCAUCCUGUAAAAUGGUUGUUAAAUCAGGAUUCUCAGUCAAAGAGAUGUUAUCUGGGCUCUGUGAGAAACAUGGCAUUAACAUAGCUGCAGUAGACCUUUUUUUAGUUGGAGGAGACAAGCCACUUGUAUUGCAUCAAGACAGUAGCAUCUUGGAUUCUCGGGAUCUACGUUUAGAAAAACGUACUUUAUUUCGGCUGGAUCUUGUUCCAAUCAAUAGAUCAGUUGGUUUGAAGGCUAAACCCACUAAGCCAGUAACAGAAGUUCUACGGCCUGUGGUUGCAAAAUAUGGCUUAAAUCUUAAUGAACUUGUGGCAAAACUGAAUGGUGAGCAGGAACCACUAGAUCUUGGUGUCCCUAUAUCUAAUCUGGAUGGUCAACGAGUUGUAUUAUAUGAAAAAGAGCCAACAAAGGGAAGAGUGUUCACAGACAGACAAAAAGGCGCCCCAGUAAAACAAAGUACAGUUGUAACCUCCACUUCAAGAAAUCAAGCAUCUACAGGAGAGGGAAGAACUCUAGGAAAGUCUAAUUCUAUUAAAAUAAAAGGCGAAAAUGGAAAAAAUGCUAGGGAUGCUCGGCUAUCAAAGAGAGAAGAAUCUCUUGCAAAGAUUGGGGGAAAAAAAUAUCAGAAAAUUAAUUUGGACGAAGCAGAGGAGUUUUUUGAACUCAUAUCCAAAGCUCAAAGUAACAGAGCAGAUGACCAACGUGGGCUGCUAAGGAAAGAAGACCUUGUUCUACCCGCUUUUCUUCGUUUACCUCCCAGUGAUCCAGAACCACCCUCAUCUACACCAGUGAGCUCUAAAGGCCUUAGCAAGAGAAUUGCAAAAAAUGAUGGCAAGGAUAAAUGUACACAGCCAAGUGGGAAACUGGAGAUUACGCAAAACUGUAAUGAAAAUUCAAUUAAGAAAACAGGUCAUUCAGAAAAUAAACAUAAGUCUGCUUUGACAACGCUCAACAGUCAGAAGACUUACAAUGUUCCUUUUAGUGCUCCAUUGUCUCCAAUUCCACAUGUACAGGAAAACAAUAUGACAAUAUGGAAAAGGCAAUCAGGAGAAUUACAGGCUGAAGGCAUACAGACUAUAGAUGAUGAAAAUGUAGCAGACUUGACUCUUGUGGCUGAAGGAGAUAUUAGUAGCCCUAACAGCACCUUACUGCCGCCACCACCAACACCACUAUCAGACAUCAGUAAACUCACAGAAGCCAACUAUCCACCGCCAACUCCACUGGCAGGUAAUCAGGAAAAUUCUGGAUAUCAAAGAUCCAAUUCAGGUAUGAACCACAGAAAGAAAAAAGAUUCACCAGGGGCUGCAGGAAACUUCUGUGAGCAAAGCUCUCACAAAACAAAGACCAACAGAAGCCUUAAUCCUCCUGGUGGUAGGGAUAAUCUUCCCACUUCUGUAAACAGAAUAAUUGAUGUGGAUGGAGUUAAACUGGAAGACAGUGGCACACGAUCCUGUGAUGAUUCAGAAGGGAACCUCAGCUUCGAAGGCUGUAUCUCUGAACUGAGAUCUUGCCAGGGGAGGAUGCGGACAGGAGUUUAUAGGACAUCAGACCUCCCCUCUCUGAUUACUGUCAAGAGUGAGAAAAACAAGGGUGCUGAGAAUCAAUACAAAGCCACUUUUGUUUAA